UGCCGGGACGAAUGCAUGACGGAUCAUGGUGUCUGCGUCCGACCCCACAGGGAUCCUAGCGGGACGCCCUUCUGGUUCUCAAUGCCAUCAAGGUGUGUCGUCGCACAAUGGAAAUACGUCCAAAAUCCACAACGAAAGACAUGCCAAAAGCCACGCCGAAACCGCGAAGGAACGACACGAGUCGGACCUUUACAUCAGGCCAAGUUGGACCGAUGCUGCGAUAGCGUUGGAUCAACUCGAAAAGGGGAAAGCGGAAGGUCAGAGGUCUGUGGUGUGGAUCAGGGCAAGGCUGCAGGAUCAGCUGAGUCAGCUGGGCUACUUCCUGCAGAGGCACGCAGGCAAGGUUCUCUUCCUCGCGAUCAUCGCUCUGGCUACGUUCUGCGUCGCCCUCAAGUCCGCUCAAGUUCACAGCAAGGUCGAGCAGCUCUGGGUUCAAGAAGGCGGAAGGUUACAAAAAGAGCUGACCUACGCCUCGACGGAACUGGGUGAAGCAGCCGCCUCGACGCAUCAGCUCGUCAUCCAAACGCCGAGGCAUUCCGGGGCGAAUAUUUUGCACCCUGCCGCACUCAAGGAACAUUUAGCGAUCCUGAAGGCGGCGACGCAGGUUACCGUACACCUGUUCGAAAUCACGUGGAGGCUGAAAGACAUGUGUUACGCGCUGAACAUACCCAACUUCGACAUGCACUACAUCGACCAGAUCUUCGAUAGUAUCAUACCGUGCGCCAUCAUUACGCCCCUCGACUGUUUCUGGGAAGGCAGUAAACUCUUGGGACCGGAGUACCCCGUCCACAUACCCGGGGCGCAAACGAACAAGCCGGUUCAGUGGACGAAUCUCAAUCCGUCGUGGAUGCUGGACGAGAUGAAGAAACUGCCGUUCGCGUUUCCUUUCAAAACGCUCGAGGAUUACAUGAAGAGGGCAGGGAUAACGAACGCCUACCAGAGCAAGCCGUGCCUCGACCCAACGGACCCGGAAUGCCCGGAAACCGCGCCCAACAAAAAGUCCCAGCAGGUACCGGACAUAGGAGCCGAAUUAACGGGCGGCUGUUACGGUUUCGCGGCGAAAUAUAUGCAUUGGCCCGAGGAGCUGCUCGUCGGCGGUGCUAAGCACAAUAAGACCGGUCACUUGACCCGCGCAGCUGCACUCCAGACCGUUGUUCAGCUAAUGGGAGAACGAGAGCUUUACGAUUUCUUCGCUGACACCUACAAGGUACACCAUAUCGACUGGUCCCAGGAGAAGGCGUCUCAGGUGCUCGCGAUCUGGCAACGGGCAUUCAGCAAUCAAGUGAAGAAGUAUCUGGAGGCGAACGGCUCGGCGCCGUACAAUUUGUACGCGUUCAGCACGACAACGAUGAACGACAUACUCGGAAAGUACAGCGAGGUGUCCGUCAUGAAGAUCGCCAUUGGUUGCGCGCUGAUGCUACUGUACUCGGGCGCAGUGCUUCUUCGAUGGAAGGAUCCGGUGCGUUCGCAAGCUGGCGUGGGUAUAGCCGGCGUGAUGUUGAUCUGCGCAACGGUGGCAGCUGGUUUGGGGUUCUGCGCCCUUCUGGGAAUCCCGUUCAACGCGGCUACCACUCAGAUAGUGCCCUUCUUGGCCCUGGGGCUCGGGGUGCACGAUAUGUUCCUACUGACGCACACGUACGCCGAGCUCUCCGUGAACGAAGUGCCUAGCGGCGAACAAACCGGGGUAGUCCUCAAGAGAACAGGCCUCUCUGUCCUCCUGGCAGGUAUCUGCAACGUCUCGGCCUUCUUCGCGGCGGCGUUGAUCCCCAUCCCAGCCCUGCGUGUGUUCUGCUUGCAAGCUGGUGUGUUGCUGCUGUUCAACCUAGCCGCGAUGCUCCUCGUCUUCCCAGCUAUGGUCAGUCUGGACCUUCGAAGACGGCGCUCGGGUCGAUCGGACAUAUUCUGUUGCUGUUUACCGUCCAACGUCGGCAGGAACAAGUACGCCAACGGGUCCAACAACGGCACGGCGAAACAAACCGUGACCAGAGCGAUACCUCCCGAGCGUCGCGAGACGUGCACGCAGAUCCUGACGUCGCAGAACGCGCAGAACGAGUCCUGGGUGGGUGGAAACGUCGACGUGGAGCUGGACAAGCACUGCACCGAGGAGGACACUCUCACAGGAUGCAGCCAGGACGACUGUCUCAGCUUUUCUCUGACCCGGUUGGCCGCGAGGCAUUACGCUCCCUUCGUCACCAGGCCAGCGACCAAGGUCUUCGGGAUGAUGAUACUGAUCGCGGUUCUAGCUGGAAGCGUUUGGCAGGCCAUCAAGGUCAACGACGGCUUGGAGCUGACCGAUCUGGUCCCCCAGAACUCCAACGAGCACGCUUUCCUCGCCGCCCAGUCCAAGCACUUUGGCUUCUACAACAUGUACGCCGUCACCGGCGGCGACUUCGAGUACCCUAACAACCAGAGAUUGCUGUACGAGUACCACGACGCGUACAUGAGGAUAAAGAACGUGAUCAAGAACGACAACGGCGGGCUGCCGGAGUUUUGGUUGAGUUUGUUCCGAGACUGGUUGAAGGGGCUACAGGUCGCGUUCGAUAAGGACUACAGCAACGGCUGCAUCACGCAGGAGAGGUGGUACAAAAACGCCAGCGACGAGGCAAUCCUCGCUUACAAGUUGCUGGUCCAAACUGGCCACGUCGAUAAUCCCAUAGAUAAAUCGCUGGUCACUCAGGUCAGGCUGGUGGACUCCGAGGGGAUCAUCAAUCCUCGAGCGUUUUACAAUUAUUUGAGCGCGUGGGUGUCGAACGACGUGCUGGCUUACGGCGCGUCACAAGCGAACCUCAGGCCCGAGCCACGGCAAUGGAUCUAUACCAACGAUCACGAGCUCAAGAUCCCUAAAAGCAAUCCUCUCACCUACGCGCAAAUGCCGUUCUACUUGCACAAGCUGGGCAACACGCAAGAGAUCACCGAGCUGAUCGGCAGCGUGAGGAAACUGUGCAGGAAGUUCGAGGAACGUGGCCUGCCAAACUUUCCAUCCGGCAUACCGUUCCUGUUCUGGGAACAGUACAUGGACUUGAGGAGCUGCCUGGGCAUCGCUCUGGUAGCUGCUCUGACAGCCAGCGUCACGGUUGUCGGUAUACUACUGUUAAACUUGUGGGCCGCUUUGUUGGUCGGCACCUCUCUCGUCGCUGUCGUCUUGCAACUUCUUGGAAUCAUGGGCCUUUCCGACAUCAAGCUGAGCGCCGUUCCAGCCGUGCUCUUGGUUGUCAGCGUUGGAAUCGCGGUGCACUUCACGGUGCAUAUUUGUCUGAGCUUCGUCACAAGCAUUGGAAGCAGGGAUCGAAGGAUUCGCUUGGCCUUGGAACACAUGUACGCGCCUGUAAUACACGGAGCAGUGACAACUUUGCUGGCAAUUGUGAUGCUAGCCUUCUCCGAGUUCGACUUCAUCGUUCGAUACUUUUUCCUGGUGCUGAUCUGCCUCAUUGGCAUCGGCCUGGUGAACGGGCUCUUCUUCUUCCCCAUUCUGCUAUCUUUGAUUGGCCCAUCUCCAGAAGUAAUACCUAACGAUCAUCCGGAUCGUAUUUCAACGCCGACACCACCUGCCUCGCCGAUCGUCAGAAGAUCAAAGCCGCCAACGCCUCCCAGAAGAUCUUACAAAAUUGAUAAUGCCAGGCUACACGCUGAGCCUUCUCUGACGACAAUUACCGAGGAACCAAACUCCUGGCACAGUACACAAGAGUCUUGUAUCAUCGUUCAACCGGAGUUGAAAGUUGAAACAACAUCGUCGUGUGGUAAUCAGAAUUGUAGCGGAUCAGAUACAAGUGGGUCUAGUCGAAUGUCACCAGUGACGCCAACAUCUCAUAUCACAACUAAGGUCACUGCAACGGCUAACAUAAAGGUUGAAGUCCACACACCGUUAUCCAGUACAGUGGAUCGCAGCGAAAAAUGCAGGCACACGACUUCCAGUAGCCGAAGGAGCUCGCGCUGCAGUGCGAACGUUAAUGCUGGGGAGUCUUCCGGUUCCAGUUCUGAACCGGAUUCAGACUCUAACCAACACAAACACUAAUGAUAAGUACCGGGGGGACCGGCAGCUGCUGCUCAAGUACCAUGCAAAACGGGAACAUACAGAAGGCUGACUAGGAUAGAUUUAUACUUUUUUUUUUUUCUUCUUUCCUUUAGUAAGCGAUGCGCGGGUACAUACAUUUUAUGAAUACUGACAAGCACUAUUCAAGGUAAGUUAACAAGUCUAAAGCUCCGACAUAAUAGUUUAGCUUCUACGUUCAUCCGAUAUGCAAAACAAAAGCUACUCACUGCCCAUAUUUUAACACUUCAACUACUAUUUUAGAAACAGUUUACAACUUAGAAGAGAACUAUCUACAUUAGUUUAUAUUAUCUAGGCUGACGUUAACGUGUGCGUACUGUUACUAGGUAUAUCAAAAGGCUUGUCUGUUUUCUCAAAUUGUACAUAGACAGUCCAGCACAGUUAUUAAGUAUUAGUAGAUAGACUAAAUAGCGUAUAAAGCGUUAACCUCUUCAUGCGUGAACGUUAUUCCUUUUUUUUUUUUAAUGCACAUCAGUUUAUUUUAUUGAAAAAUAUUAAAAAAUAAUCCACAAAAACGAAAAUGCAUAGUUGAUAUCGUAAUAAAAAUGUACAUUGUCUGAAACUGAUGUGCUUGAAGAAUGAUAUAGAGCAUGAAUAGGUUAAUGAAAAAUUGAGAACGAAUCUUGAAUAGCGCCGGAAAAACAAAAAUUCACUGCGAGAAGCUAACGAUCCGAGUUUAUCAAGUACUCGCGCAUCGCUAAUAAUGCAACGUGCUUAUUUGAAUUUUAAAACAAAAGUAUUAUGACUCAGAAAUAUUUCUUUAUGCUCACUCACCGAACGAAUACGUGCAGUGAACACGUUGUAUAUAAAUGUUCUCAAAGACGCAUUUAUAUUUAUAUCAUACAUUCAUCGCAAAGUAGGAAUGGAAUGUGUCUCUUUUUGUCCCGUUCAUGCAUUUAUUGAAUGUACGAUAAAAUUAUUGGGAUAAAUGAAACGUGCGAUAUUUUUAACGAAUCGACUUAAGAGCACGUCAAAGAAGAUGCUUUACUAUGCUCUGUGGUAUACGACAGUUUCCAUGAAACUAUAAGGAUAUUAUUUAGCAAAGUAGAAAAAUUUUAAUUAUCUGUUCUACAACUGUUAAUAAAUACGGCGACGAAGAUGAAGAAAUGCAAGAGAGAUUCGUACGAUUGUAUAAUAUUUUCUAAGAAAUUGUUCGGUCCGUGGAACGAAAUAAAUAUAUAGGUAUUAACAUUUUCAUUGAAAUGUUAAGUUUAUCGAAAAAUACGAAACUUUAUCGAAACGUUUUCUUUUGGAAAAUACGAAUAGCAUUGUACGCAUAAUGUGUGCACUGAGGUUUUCGCGAACGAUGAACGCAUCCAUGUUUCAGCGAAUUAAAAUGCAUUUACUAAAACAUUCGUACCUAUUUUCGGUACUUGAAUGGCGGAAGGUUUGCAGAUUACGUUAACGUAAUACUGUUAGAGAGAUAACUUCUUCUACUUUAGAAGUAAUUACGAAAAUGUAGACUUUUUGCGACAUUUUUUGUAAUGACUACAAUGUGGUGCCUUGAGAAAAAGAUUAUAAAAUUUGAAUAACUACUAUUUAUUAUAUGCUAACAGUUAACAUGCAGUGUGUAUAUGACUCGAGCGAUAUUGAAUCUAAAAUCUAUUUAUUAUUUAUUUUAUAUCUUCACUUUGAUAUCACGACUAUUUAAAGCGAUACGUUUUUGUACAAUGCCUAUUUUAUAUGAUAAUUUGUAAAGAUACUUAAUUAUUUAUGUCACGCUAUAUAAUAUUUUUAUAUAAAAUCGUUACUUAAUUUAAUAAAGUAAGUCAAUCUAUCUGACUCGUACCUCUAAUGUAAAAAGGUGUAAUAUAUUAUUUUACAGCUAAUAUCUACAAGUAUAUUUUGAUAAGUAUGACAGAAGUAUGUACAAUAAGAAAAGUAUUUUUAUGUCAAGUCAAUUUGUAUAAGAUACUUAACACGUUAAACGCCGCAUGCGCCACCAAUGUGGGUUUUAUUCUACAGUAUGUAGUUUCACUAUUCGUAUCAUUAUUUGCAAUUUUUUGGUUUCGAAAUAAAGUUCAAUCUUUUUUCGUUAGAAUAUUAAUAUUUAAAGAAACAUUUAUAAGACAGCAUUCGUUAUGUUUUCGUUCAAAACUCGAUAUACUUUAAAUCUUACGUCUUGUAAUUCCCGCAAAACAUAUUUUGUUUUGUGGCCUUCUAUGUCAACUAGGUAGUGCUUUAUUUCAAGGUUUUCACUCUACGAGAUUACAUAGAAAAUUGCUGCUGACGUUCAACGUGUUAUCGAAGAAGUUUCGCUAUAAUAGAUGUGGAAUUUUUAUACUAAAAGUAUAUAAGAGAACAAAUAGUCAAUGUACCUCCACUGUACAUGCCAAAUUUUAUUAUUAUUUAUCUGAUCGUACCAAUCGUGGUAAAAAUUUGUGUGCCUUCAAAACAUAUCUUGAAACGUAAAGCCAGUAAUUUUUCCUGAUGCUAAGUUUCGAUCGGAGGUGUAAAAAUUACGUUACUAUUACUUUUAAUUUCGUAGUGGCUAAUUAUUUUUAUGUACUGAAUAUAGAAGCAAUUAAUUGUAUGAUUUAUAAUAUGUAUUUGUACAUAAAUAUAAUGAUGAUAUUA